AACCUCCUUUUUCUCAUCCACGCCUCUAUAUAUAUAAAACCCACGUUAAUUCUUCUUCUUUCAGUACUGUGUUUUCCGGCCACAUUCAACCCGGCCUCCGGCGCCGGAUAAUAUGGACGACUCGUGGCGAAUGCGCAUGGGAAUGGCGCCCAGCCUCCCCAGGCGCCGUUCCGUUGAGGAUACUUCGUCCAGACGAUCCCUUUUCGGCCACGCCGGGACCCUCGACGCAGACGACUUCGCCGACGUCUUCGGCGGGCCCCCGCGGAGCGUUCUUCAGCGUAAAUUCUCAGGGGACUUCUCGAAUUCUAAUGGCUUCUACGAGGAGAUUUUCAGGAAGCCGGAGUUUGUGACCCCGGUGACCCGGGGUGGUCGGAGCCUGCCGGCGUUCAGGAUUCCGGCGAGGAGUGACGGGUUCUAUAGCGAUAUAUUUGGGUCGGAUGAUGAUCGGAGGCGGUCGAGGGAGCGGUCCCGGCCGACGUCGAAGGCGAAGUCGAACUCGUCCUCGGCGCUGAGCUCGGAGGAGCUGAGCCCUCUCCGGCCGGUGAUCGGAGAUGACGUGGCAUUGUCCUCCUUUGCUUCAAAGCUCAGGCCAAUUAGUGUCCCAGCUAGAUGGAACUCAUCAACAAUGAUGACAGAAGAAUAUCCCAAGAAACAAGGGAAUCCUGCUUUUCCUUGCAAUCUCUCUUCUUACACUGAAAACCAAUUCAUGGAAAAUGAGUACCACGAGAAUUUCAGAACCUCCUAUAGUGGAUUCAGAAGGCAGGUCUCAUCCCCAGAAACCAUUAGUCUUGAACCAAAUUCAUAUGGAAGUGUCAAAAUAUCUGUAGAUGAUCCUGCAGAACUCAACUCCUCUUCCUCAGCUGUCUCUUCACUUCAUCAGGACCUUGAGCCUGAAUCUGGGAUUCAAGAUCAUGAAUUCCCAGAACAGGAAGAUGAUGAAGUUAUGAGCUCUUAUGUCAUUGAGAUCAACUCUUACCAUAGAGAAGGAACCUGCGGUGAAACGGUUUCUGUUGACGAAGCAAUUGCAUGGGCCAAAGAGAAGUUUCAAGCACAGAGUUCUGAGAAAGAUUUGAGCAUGAGACAAUGUGACAACAAUGAGCAGCCUGUUGAAAUUGAAGGAAGGCCUAAUCCUGGUGAAUUUUCAGAUCAAGCGAUUGAUGGCCACAGAAUGAUUCAAUCUACAGAGGAAGAAGAACAAAGAAAUUGGACAGCUGAAGAAGAAAAACAGCAGUCAGAAAAAUAUAUGGAAGUGGAGCUAUUGGAUGAAUGCAUAAGGUUGUGGUCAGCUGGCAAAGAAACCAACAUAAAGAUACUGCUUUCAAAACUACAUCAUAUUCUGUGGCCCAAUAGUGGCUGGUGUGCUAUCCCUCUAACCAGCCUAACAGAGAGCUCACAAGUGAAGAAAGCUUAUCAGAAAGCAAGGCUAUGUCUCCACCCAGACAAACUGCAACAAAGAGGAGCAACACUUCCACAAAAAUAUGUUGCAGAGAAGGCAUUCUCCAUCCUUCAGGAUGCAUGGGCUGCUUUCAUCUCCCAAGAUGUCUUCUUAAAUUAGUGGGACAACAUGGAUAUCAUUCAGAAGUUCAAACAUCCAAGGAGCAAGUCUGUAUAUUCUAUGGCUGAAGCAAUCUGUUGAAACAAAGGGACAUGCUCAAAAGCAUGGUUUUUUGUUGUUUUUUUGUUUUUUUUUUUUUUUUGGGUAAAAAUGGUUUUGAAGUCCAGUAGAUAAUGUUUUUAAAAUUUGCAUGUUUGUUUGACUACCUUCCUGCUGUAAAAUCCAAUAACAAUAUAAAUGAAGAUGAGAGAUAGUGACGAUGACUGCAUUUACCUGUAUAGUAUUAUGCUCUUUUGUUGAA